AUGUUCUUCAAACCAACAGCCCAUCUCUUCGCCCUCGUUGGGCUUAUCCAACACACCCUAUCUGCCCACGGUGACGGAGCAGAAGGAACAGUCAUGGGCCCCGUAGCCUUCCUCUGGCCUAGCGACCGUCACUGGGCCUCUGCCUCCGACAACAUAGCACCAUGCGGAAGUGUCUCUCCCCCAUCCAACCGAACCUCUUUCCCCAUCGGCUCCAUCGGCUCAAUUGAGCUCACAAUCGCGGACGAUGCGUAUAACCUCGCUGUCCGCAUCGCGUAUGGAAAUAAUCCAACGACGCAGCAAGAUUUUCAGGCAGUCAAAAGCAAUGUCUCUGAGCUAGAGCCAGGCCACCAAUGCUAUCCUCUACCCAAUGAGUCCAGCGCCGUGACACCUGGCUCGAACGCAACGAUCCAGCUCGAGUACUGGGCCAACGACAACGAUAAAGAAGAGUCGUUCUUUGCUUGUGCUGAUAUCAUGUUUGUCGAAGCUGUGUCGUUCACCACCCAGGUACCGUGCUUCAAUGUCACCGCCGACGAGUUCGUGCCUGCGAGCACAUCGAGCUCUUCAGUGCCGACGAGCAUUGCUGCUGGCCAAGCCACUGCUUCAGCUACAGGUGGUAGAAAAGAUGUUGCGAAUGGUGGGUUGAGUGGUGGGGCGAAGGCUGGCAUUGUGGUGGGGUGUAUCUUUGGGGUGGCUCUUGCCUUUGCUUCUAUUUUCUUCGCCAUCAGACGCAAGGGUAGGAGUGGACGAGAUGCUGAGGCUAUGCCUGCUUUGGUGGAGAAGAACGCAAAGGGGAACGAUGGGGCAUCCGUGAUGUCUGGGAAGACUGCAUCUUAA